CCCCCAGCCAGCAGCACAGCCACAGCAGGGAGCAAGGCCUUGCCCAGCUCCUGUGGUCAUGGGGGAAGGUGAGUAGGGUGGGCUGCCAGGCCGCCAGCGCUUGGGCACAGAUGGUUCUCAUUCCCGCUGCCUCUCUUCCGUAGGAAAAACAAACUAGCCCCAGGCCAACAGGCCCUUUUUUAUCUUCUGUUUAUUUUUGUUGCCAUUUGCCUUUGCCUGUGGGCUGCGUUCUGCCGAGGGUCCUGCGGGGAGGCCCUGGCAUGUCCCUGACCUUAGGGCAGCUUUCCUGGGGAAGUAGCCCACUUCCUGCUCCGAGUCGUCGCUGCCCUGUCGGGCCCCAGUGACUUUUUCCAGGUUCUGGAGUCCUCUGGCUGCACCAGGAAGACUGGGGCUGAGAACUGCAAGACAGAACCAGGAUGGAGGCCUCGUGCCUGGAGCUCGCCCUGGAGGGGGAGCGUCUCUGCAAGGCCGGGGACUUCAAGGCGGGCGCGGCCUUCUUCGAGGCCGCGGUGCAGGUGGGCACUGAGGACCUGAAGACGCUGAGUGCCAUCUACAGCCAACUGGGCAAUGCCUACUUCUACCUGAAGGAGUACGCCCGGGCGCUGGAAUACCACCGGCAUGACCUGCUGCUGGCCCGGACCAUCGGUGACCGCAUGGGGGAGGCCAAGGCCAGCGGGAACCUGGGCAACACACUCAAGGUCCUGGGCCGCUUUGAUGAGGCUGUCGUCUGCUGCCAGCGGCACCUGGACAUCGCCCAGGAGCAGGGGGACAAGGUCGGGGAGGCGAGGGCGCUGUACAACAUCGGCAAUGUGUACCACGCCAAGGGCAAGCAGCUGUCGUGGACCGCCACGCAGGACCCCGGGCACCUGCCGCCCGAUGUCCGGGAGCCGCUGCGCAGAGCCUCCGAGUUCUAUGAGAGGAAUCUGUCCCUGGUGAAGGAGCUGGGCGACCGGGCGGCCCAGGGCAGGGCCUAUGGCAACCUAGGCAACACCCACUACCUGCUGGGGAGCUUCAUGGAGGCCACGGCCUUCCACAAGGAGCGCCUGGCCAUUGCUAAGGAAUUUGGAGACAAGGCGGCCGAGAGGAGGGCCUACAGCAACCUGGGGAACGCCCACAUCUUCCUGGGGCGCUUUGACGUGGCCGCCGAGUACUACAAGAAGACGCUGCAGCUGUCCCGGCAGCUCAAGGACCAGGCGGUGGAGGCGCAGGCCUGCUACAGCCUGGGCAACACGUACACGCUGCUGCAAGACUAUGAGCGCGCGGCCGAGUACCACCUGCGCCACCUGCUCAUCGCCCAGGAGCUGGCUGACAGAGUGGGCGAGGGCCGGGCGUGCUGGAGUUUGGGGAACGCCUACGUGUCCAUGGGGAGCCCGGCACAGGCCCUGACUUUCGCCAAGAAACACCUGGAGAUCUCCCAGGAGAUCGGCGACCGCAACGGGGAGCUCACAGCCCGCAUGAACGUGGCACAGCUGCAGCUGGUGCUGGGCCGGCUGACCAGCCCCGCGGCCACAGAGAAGCCGGACCUGGCUGGUUACGAGGCCCAAGGUGCCAGGCCCAAGAGGACACAGAGGCUGAGUGCAGAGACCUGGGGCCUGCUGAGGCUCCCCCUGGAGCGGGAGCAGAAUGGAGACAGCCACCAGGUGGGGGAGUGGCGGGGGCCAGGCAGGGACGUGCUCCCUCUCCCCAUGAGGAGCAGGAAGUACCAGGAGGGGCUGGAGGCUGCUGAGAGGCCCCGAGAGGGCAGCCACUCCCCGCUGGACAGCGCGGACGUCCGGGUGCAGGUGCCUCGCACGAGCAUCCCUCGGGCCCCAUCCUCUGACGAAGAGUGCUUCUUUGACCUGCUGAGCAAGUUCCAGAGCAGCCGAAUGGACGACCAGCGCUGUCCCCUGGAGGAGGGCCAGCCCGGGGCCGCCGAGGCCACAGCUGCCCCCACCCCGGAGGAGAGGGUCGCCCAGCCCUCGCUGACGGCAUCCCCGCAGACCGAGGAGCUCCUGGACCUCAUUGCCAGCUCCCAGGGCCGCCGGCUGGACGACCAGCGGGCCAGCGUGGGCAGCCUGCCUGGGCUGCGUGUCACCCACAGUAACCUGGGCCGUCUGCGCGGGGACGGAGACCCACAGGAGCCGGGGGACGAGUUCUUCAACAUGCUCAUCAAGUGCCAGUCCUCCAGGAUCGAUGACCAGCGCUGCCCGCCUCCUGACGUGCUGCCCCGCGGCCCCACCAUGCCUGACGAGGACUUCUUCAGCCUCAUCCAGAGGGUGCAGGCCAAGCGGAUGGAUGAGCAGCGGGUGGACCUCGCCGGGAGCCCCGAGCAGGAGGUGGGCGGGAGCCCCGAGCCCCGGCAGCCGUGCCAGUCUGGUGCCAGCUAAGAUCCUGCAGCCACAGCCAGGCUGGCCCCAGCCCUACUCGCGGCCUCGGGGCCGGGGGGCACACCGUCCUCUGUGACGCCCACGGCCCCGCGAGAAGCCCAUUCCUCUGGAGGCCAUGGCUGACUGCAGACCCUCUGGCCCUUCCCACUGUGGCAGAUGCUGGGCACACAGCCCCCACGCUGUCCCCCUCCCAGGGUGGCAGGCUCAGGCUUUGGCUGCCCCGGCGGGUGGGCAUGGCUCUGUCCUGGACCAGCUCUCAGGUGGGACAUGGCUUUCUGCAGGCCUGCCCGGCCCGGCCUUCUCCCCGCCCCCUCCCCGCCCCCUCCCUGCCCCAGGUCCAGCCUGCAGCUUGUUGGUCCAGACCCUCCAUGGCCUCUCCCUGCCCCGCCCAGCUCCAUCCCUCCAUCCUGCCCGGCAAAUGUGAAAACUGCUGCCUCCCCUAAGCCCCCAAAGGCCGCUCUGAAGCCUUUGCUCUGCGGUCUGCCAGCGACAUGGACGUUUCUUUCCUCCCAGAGGGGGUCCCAGGGAUGACAGAGCAGACACACUUGCCCCAGGCCCAGGCUCUUGCCCUACCCCCCGCCCCCCCCCCCCCCGCCUCCUCUGGGCUGGAGAAGGUAGAAGCCUGUGUCAGAAAGCCUGGAGCCUGAUGAGGCAGUGCAUGCAGGCCAGGUGCCCCCACGCACGGUCGCUGGGCCCUGGCACUCAGCCCCCAGCCCCAGCUGGAGCCCAGUCCUGAGCAGGGAGGCAAGGGGAAGGGUGGGGAUGAGCCGUGACACCCCUCAACUCCAAGCCCCGAAGCCCAGGGACAGAACAGUCCUGGUCUGGAAUGCCAGCCAGCAACGAGGUCUGCUCCCCGACCACACCAGGGCCAGGGGCGGCCGGCAGAAGCUUGGGGGGGUUCAGCGCAGCUCAACCCUGGGUCCCCAAAUGAGCACUUCCCAGCCCUCAGCUGGGAAGAUGACAUCACUGCCUUCUCCUGUGCGGAAGGUCCAGCCCCCACACGUCGUCAGCCCACGGGAUUGGGCAGGAGACUGCCUUGGCUGGCCACCAGCCCUCUGGCGAGCCCCUGGCCCCAUGCCACGACCCCACAGCCCCCGGGGCGUGGGGGGGCACCUCCUCCUCAGGUGGUGCCCCAGCUGGGCUCCUUGGUCUUUCUCUGAGGCUCUCCAAGCGUGGGGAGGCGGCCGGACCCCCACCCCACAGUUCAACCUGGGGGCCCUGGGCCUGCUGCGACCAUGCUCUGAAGGGUGUGGGUGGGAGCCCGGGGGCGGGGUCAGAGGCCAGAACACAGGCUUCUCCUGGGCCGCCCCACAUACUUGAAUGUACAUGCAUAUUUAUUGCUCAUGCGUGUUUGCCAUGCUGUCAGUGGGUCCUUUCCAACCCAAGAGGUACAUUUUCUUUCUUUUUCCCAAAAAAAUAAAGUCUGCCA